UCUCAUUACAAAAGCACUGAACUUCACCAACAACUUCAACAAAUGCCAUUUAAAUCGCGAAUUCCAAUCGAAUACGCUCAGAAUUGAACGAGCAGAUGGCCUGAGUUUCAAUGAUGGCCAAACCGGUUUUAUAUGGCUGAGAAUCAGCGAGAAAGUACGAUUUGAGCGGUUUUAAAGUAGGAACGUGCUAGUCAUAUGCAUAGUUAGCGUUGUGGAAAGUUGAAAGUUGACCACGAUAUUUUAAAGGGAAAUGGUCUAUUUGCGAAAGGGCUGAAAUGUUGCCGAAGCUUAGGAAAUUUCUGACGAGGCAAAGUCGAUCGAGGUCAGAUAAAGGGGAAGAGAACGGCGAUGUUGUACUGCCUACGGAUUUGGCUGAUCAAGACAACUUGUUUACAGAGGACCCGUAUCGCAAUCGAACAGGUUCGAUGGGCGACAAUAUUUUUAACCAAGAGCUACAUUUCAUUGUGGACUAUUUAGGAUACUCUCAGGUCUCCGAAGUACAGUCGAUUUCACUGCUUUUGGAAAGCGUAAAGCGUGUUAAAAAAGGCUGCUCCGAAGCUAGCCGUGUCGACUUCGUAAUCAAAGAAGGAGUUCUAAAGAUUUCCACAGUCGGUUGUCAUGCAUUAAUUCUUACCGUGCCACUGUAUAUUGUUGCCCUCUGUGCACAGGAAUCGCUUAGAGGGUUUGAUAAGUGUUUUGGCUUAAACAUCACUCGAAAGAAUUCCCACCUUUGCUAUGUUUUUCAAGCUGGCUCGAGCCUCGAGGCAUCGAGCGUCGUUCGGUCAGUGGCACUGUCGUUCAAGUCUUUGGGUAAGAUGUUGCGGGACAGAAAGGAAAAGAUGCGUCUGAUGAGACGAAGGAAGAACACCCCCCUGUAUCACCCGAAUUCGGUUGAAUCUGAUUGGUCGAGUCAAACUGGUUACUACAAUGACUCUGGUUUCGAUCCUUGGCAGAAAUUUGAGACAUGGUCGAGGGUCUCCAGUACGAUAAGUAGAGGUACUGGUAAUGAGCAGCAAAGAUCAUCCAUGUCUCAAAAACAUUCAUUGAAUCAAUCAACGUCACGGAGACCGCCAACACAUCAUUCGUUCAAACACGUAGAAUUCACUGCACUGUCGCCCGUUCCAUCCCACAAUAGCAGCAUUGAGAACAGAAUGAACGACAUUAACAUAUCCAGAAGUAAGCAAGACGAAAGAUCGCGUGAAAGCUCUAAUACUGUAAAACGAAAAGGAGAGUUUCAAAUUGAAGUGGACGUCCACACAGAUGUCAAUCAAAGAUUGGCGAAAAGUGAACGACCUGAUAACAGCGUGGUGCAGGAAUCGUUUUUGGAAUUAUCAAGAGAAGAAUCAUCCAGUGUAUUACAGAAUGAAGACCAGAGCAUUUGUAUGUUCGAGAAACCCGAUAUCGUUGACGAAAGGAUAGAUAUGGUCUUGUCCGCAAUCCGAAGGGGUGACGUAGCGUGUGUUUCCUCGUACCUCGAUGAUGGAGUGGACGUUGAUUUAGCUGAUUCGACAAGGAGAACUUUGCUUUUUCAUGCGGUAAACUACGGUCAGAAUGCGGUGGUGCAACUUCUGCUGGACAGAGAUGCUUCGGUGAACUGGGAAGGACCCAAUGACAUGUCUCCACUUCACCAGGCCGCUGCUAAUAAAGACAAAUCUAUCGCGCAGAUUCUGUUGGCUAACGGAGCCAAUGUUCGUGCAAAAGAUUGUGAAUUCCGUACUCCGCUCCACAUGUGUGCUGGUCAUCCAAGUGGUACGGAGCUAUCGUGUAUACUGGUCGAACAUGGCGCGAGAAUUUGUGAUAAUACCAUCGAUGGAACACGACCAUUGGAUCUUCUACCAGACUUGAAGGAACUUCAAAGUCGUUUGGUUCAAUCAGUGUGCGAGGCGUUUAUCGCAGCCGACACGUCGAAGUCUCAUUCGAAUUCUGUCACCUCAUCUCAGUCGGUUCAGUCGGGCCACUCCGUGUUCUCGGGCGGCUCCGUCGUGCCUCACGUCGGCAGUCUACGGCAUAUGCACAAUCAAUCGCCGCAAAUGAAGCACGCACGUCAUGUAAGCCGACGCCUAACGGCCAACUUCGAUGUGGGUAGCUUCCAAUGGAAGAAGGAUGCAAAGUGCAUGAUGGAUGAGGCGACAGACGAAAAUUUCAGAGAAGAGGAUGAGAUUGACGCCGUAAAUGGGACUCCUUGUAACGCAUGCACUACUGAGAAUAUCAAAGAGACUGUCGGUAAAUCAUCUCUUGUAAACACAAGCUGUGAAGACCAAGAGGAUCAAAAUGGACACCUCGCUUCGCCGACUACAAAUACUCGUGCAAAGGCGCCGUUUAGCGCUUGCGAAACGCGGGAACUUCAUGAAAACAUACUCGCAGCACAUCACAAGAGGACGUUUGUUAUCGGCUCUAUCGACACGUGGGCUGAAGGUAACGCGUACGAAGCUUUGAUGAGCUCAACUCCAGCAGAUGGUCUGCUAGAAGAAACUGUGAAACCUUGUUUUGGUGAAGAAGAUAACAUACAGCAAUUCACGGCCUUUGGAAAUUCGAAUGAUUCUGGGCUACACACGAAAGAUGAGACGAGAAGCACCGUUUGUGCUCAUCAGAGUAUUCUUCACAACAGCAAGACAUGCUCUGAAACGAUGAGAGGAAGAACUCGGGGAGACUCGGUUCGUUUUCAAGACGUCGUUUCACCGGUUAAAGAAACCGAUUCUGGUCUCGGGUGUUCCGAAGGCUCACCGUUACCUCACGAAGGAAAAGAUAUGGCAGACAGGUUUCGUGAGAGAGCACGCUCAAACGCAGACAGUUGCUACGGCUCCAUGGCGCCUUGUUGUUGUUGCAAAGAGGAUGAUCCUAUAUUGAUAGCUCUGAACUCGUUGGUAAAACUAUCAUUCAAUCCCGAAUGCCAACCACUUCUUCUGUCCUAUCUUUGCCUACCAAAGGCUUCAUCGUUGCUGUCGGUGUUUGCAAGGUCACCCACAGCGAAACAAUGGGUCGCCGAGGCUGUGGCACUCUUGAUUAAGAAUCUCGCCAGUAUCGAAGGGCCGGACAGUCGACGAAGGGCAGCCGAAGCUGGUUUUAUCCGAACUGUUUUACAACUUGCUGAAACUCAGGAGCCUGUGCAGACAACGUGUUUAGAGGUGUUGGAUAAUCUGUUGAAAGACGUGAAGUGUGAGCGUGAAUAUAAUUCCACCAUGACCAAUAUCCCGUCAGGACCUUUACUAAACCUCUUGCAUUAUCAAAACGACAUGGAAAGCUCGUCGCUACACACAGGGAUUACAGAAGUUGCAGAUUCCUCUGUUGGAAAGAAGCGAAAAAUUUCACGUUCACAACAAGAGACUCCUGUAAAACUCAGUCCUCGUCUUGUGGCAACACGUUUGCUUGCUGCUUCCAGCACUCACUUGAAAAUGCAACGGGAACUUGGAUCACCACGAUCGGUGGACCUGCUCCUGGAAGCUUUGGAGGAAAGAGAUGCGGAGAUAGUUCACAAUGCUGCCGUAACUCUGGCAAAUAUCGCUAUGUAUGAUGGCAACCAUAGUCUAUUGAUAAGCUCUGAUGCCGUUGAAUCAUUAAAGAGAUGUGUUCCUAAAGAUGCAAGAGCUUAUUAUCACGUCUGUCGUGCCCUCGUCUACCUAAACUGUGACGAGGAUGACAAAUGCGAUUACCUUUUCGACUUCGAUCAAGAGGAACCCAGACCUCUGUACACGGAGAAGUCUCCGAACCAAGAACCUUACAUCAAGGGUGGGAGCCUGGAGUCUCUGGUGAGAAUACUGACCACCAGAGCUAUCACUUUAUGGGGUGGGGUGCCGUUGCUUAGUCCUACGCCGAAAAACAGAACGAGAAUGAAAGUAGCGAAGAGGAAGAGUAGAGCCACUGAAGAGCAAGUGAUCGAGUUCUUUCUGGCCACUUAUUCGACUUAUACCAAUCCUAUUGUCCUCAUGAGAUUGCUGGCUCACAGGUUUCGUGAACCGGCAUUAAAUUCGUUGUUUGAUGAAGAAACAGGCGUGUUCAAGGACCAAACACGAUGUCUGCCUUUUAUUCACAUUUCUCUCAUGAGAAUUUGGGUGGCUUGGUUAGAGAAAUUCCCUCAGGAUUUCAGGGAAAAUUCCACUCUUCAGAUUGAACUUGGUAAUUUGAUUGAUAACCUAGCAACGCGGCAGGGACCGUAUCUGGUUUGUGCUCAACAUCUAGAAAGUCUUCUAAUGCACAGCCAAGAAGACACAUCAAUAUCACUUCCACCGGAGAAUCAUUGUCAUCACGAUAUCCUCUUCAGGAGCUGCCAACAGGCAGUUCUCAGCGGUGCUCUUCCAGCCAAAAUCGAUGAUGCAAUAUAUCUAGCAGCAUUGCAACUGUACAUUGAGUUGUCUUCGACGGGAGACCAGCCAAAUGAGAAGGUGUUUGUCACGGACGUUGAUCUGGAGAAGAUCUCGACGUCACGUAUAAAACUUUGCCUCAAUCCUGCUUUUCAUAAAGUUAAAAACGUUUACAAAAGAGUUCGUGUGUAUGCCGAGCAAAUCUUCAGAGAGGCUCCGUCUCAGCGUAAAGCGAAGCAUGAUUUCAUCGAUUGUUGUCAGGGGAUGGUCGCGUAUGGUUGCAAGUUCUUUCGUGUGAAGGAGAUAACUUGCACAACGAAAUCACACACGAACAGGCGACUGUUGGGAGUCAGUGCCCAAGACGUGGUCGUUCUGGAUAAUAAGACUAAAAGUGUUCUGAAGAAAUGGGACCUCAAGAGCUUACUCGGUUGGAAAUGUGACGAAAGUAACGGUUCGCUAUUCCUGCUGUUCUCCGAGUCAAGUUUUCAUUUUCUUUGUGAAAAUAAAAUCGAACGUGGACGGCUGCAGGAUACUAUUAAACAAUGUGUCUAUCAACGCAAUUGCGAGGGUUUAAACGGAAAAGAUUUUCUUCCUUGGACAAAAAGAUCUGAAGAGAAGCGAAACUGGGGUGACAAAGCGAUGGAGGAAGAAAUCAAUCAUAGAUUAGAGAAUUUGUCGAAAUCAACGAAAAUAUUUCAAAAUCACGAUGAAUGGAAGUCGUUGAGCCUGUUGUACAUGCGACCAGGGGUUGAAGAGCCUCGCCACAGACGUCACUCCUCCCCGUCGCACAGAAAUUCAGUGAAACGCAAUGGAAAGAGGAACUCGGUGAUGUACUCAAAUGCAACAGUUGCUGCGGUGGAUCAGGCGGUCAACAGUUUAGACGAGGAAGAUGAUGACGUUUGUGUACCAAUUAUGGCGUACAGUGUCGGUACUUUGGAUCAACGUGAUGGUGAAACAUCCCAUUUAUCAAAAUCUCAAGCCUCCACAGUACAGAAGUCCUCGGUGACGACACAGUCGACAUUUGGUCAGCAGUCCUUUCUGGGAAACACGUCAAGUUAUCUCAACGAUUCCAACAUUCGAAAAGACCAGGUGUAUUCGACAAUUGAUCCCAUAUGUUCACCAAAGCUGAAGAUCUGCUUGUGUCCUCCUGAUGCAGAAUUUGUCCGCAGCGAAUUUACACUUCUUGAGCUCCUCAGCUAUCCCCGUGAGCUAGCGCGUCAGAUCACGCUCAUCGACCACGAGCUGUUUCGAAACAUAACGACGGCAGACAUCUUGCAGAGAGUUUCGGAAGGAACGAACAAGAAGCGGAAGAAAGGAGACGAGAAUUCUCAAAGAACUACCGUCGAGUUGUUUUCUGAUCGAUUUAAUCAGCUGAGUUCGUGGGUCGUGGCUACCUUGAUCAAGGAAGAGUCGGAUCAGGACACCGCUUACAUGAUGGUGCAGUUCAUUGAGACUGCAAAGCAAUGUCUAGAGCUUCGCAAUUACAAUGCAGUGAUGGCCAUUGGUGUGGGCGCCCUGUGCAGCGCUCCUGCACGGCGAUUACGUAAGGCCAUCCCUGACCUCGUACCUAAACGAUACCUGGACCAACUCCACAUCAUGGAGGUCCUCAUGGACUCCAGAGACAACUACAAAAAAUAUCGGGAAUCUUUAAAAAUAUGUCCAAGUCCCGCCGUUCCGUACUUCGGCGUAUAUUUGAAGGAUCUUAUUUACAUCUCGGAAGGUAAUCCGGAUUACCUCAAUGGCGGCAUGGUAAAUCUCGCCAAACGGCGGCUGUUGUAUGCAGUUCUGCACCAAAUUCGAAGAUUUCAAGUCAAGUCAUACAACUUUGAACAGGUCUCUGAGAUUCAAGAGUUCCUCCUAAACACAGAGAGGUAUUCUGACGAAGAGCUCCAUCGAAUGUCCCGUAAACUGGACACGAGCUCGAGAAGGACUGUGUCCGAGGCAAGCCGCGAGGUGUCCAUGUCUGUAUCGGGCGUCUCGAUCGCCUGAACGUGGAGGAAUGGUGACCAGUCACAUGACAAGCCCAGAACACCUCGAUCAACCUCGAAGGAUCUUCACAAAAUGUAAUUACGAGGCAAAAGCCGCCGUAGGCUAACCUUACUGCUAGAUGGAUAUACGAAAGAGUGGAGUUUCAAUUCAUUAAAGAGAAGAUUGCGAAUAGGCUUUUUUUUGAGGAAAUUUUCGCUCAAGAGUGUUAAACAGAGAAAAAACAAAAUUGGCGAAAUGCAUACAGUUGCUGUAUGGAGUUCAGAUGUAAUGAGAUACGCGCGUGGCAUCUUGGAUCCUGUUCUGUAAAUUGAUGUGUUUUUAGCGAGAAAAACCUGGAUUUGUUUUUUUUUCGGCGCUGUCGCAGUGGGAAAUACAAUAUUCGUUGCACAUCAGCUGUGUUGGGACUUUAACGCCGAAUCCUGGAUUUCGAAGUUGUUUCAUAUGCUUGGUGGUGUCCAAAUUAUGUCAGAACCUCAAAACCGUGUGAAAAUAUAUAUAGAGCAUCGUUCGUUAUUAGUUAUUUGACUUAUUUCUAUGCAAUAAACGCGUUUUACGGGUGUCUACGACAUAUGAAAAAAUUUAUAAAAAUAUUUAUUAUAGGAUAGUCUAUUAUAUUGUUCGUCAGCAGCAAGUGUUGAUUCUAAUUCGUAACGUAAAAACGUAUUUUGUCAUGCAAACAUACAAGUUAGAAUUUUGGUGGGUUUUCAUAUUAGCAAAUAAUAUUUUCUAUAAUUUGAGGCGCGAGUGUCAAGGCUGCCCUUCGAGUGGCUAAGAGUCUUAUCUGAAGAUGGCACCACUGAUGUUUUUAUACUUGUGUAAAAAUUAAAGCAAUGAUGGGCCCUUUUAACAUUAUACUAGUUUUGCAAGUGACGUUUUUGAUAACGGAGACGGCAUGAGUAACGUCAAAAGACUGGUUUAAGUAUUGUGAUUGGUGAACUGAAACUUUACAACUUUAAUUGUGACUGUGAUUGUUGAAAAACUUUACUUCCGGUCAACGUACGUGUUGUCAAAACCGUCGCUUGCUCACUACUGUCAAUAUCGGUUACAUUGCAGUUAAAUAAUAAGACUUUGAAUCAUUGGCGCGCGUGAACGUAAAAUUUGUGCCAGUUUUUACAAAGGCUCGUUUUAGCCAUGUUGUGAAAACGGUGAGUGAUAGAGCGCUAUCGAAAGAUAGAUUCAUUCAUUGAAGAAUUCCACAUAUUUGUUCUGCCGGAAUACAGUAUUUUACUGGAACGUCUUCUGCACAAGACGUUCGGCAAAUUUUAAGUCGGACCUGUCGUGGGAAUGCCUGAAUAGUCACUUCCGGAAUGAAAACCAUCCCAUAAACAAUAGAUUACAUCGCCCGCUUCGUUUCCAAGCUAUUGUUUUGCCGUUCACUCGAGCAAAUUCAGGAAGUGUCUAUUCGUUGUUCAAAAACACGAGUCUAAUUUUUCAACUGGUUUCUUACAAACUUAAUCCUGUUGUAGGAUAAAUAGAUGUUUAACUUUCUCGAAUUUCUUAAUGGUCGCCAUGAAGAAAAAUGUAAACAAACCUAGUAUUACUAUUUACAUGCACGCGUCAAAUUCAACCUAGGCUAACCCGAGUUUUUGAACAACAAAUUUGUGCAGCAUUCAUUCGGAAGUCUUCUAGUUUUGAAGUUAACAGUUAAAGGCUAUCAUGUAUUCUAUAGUCUCCAGAAGCUCGUGUUAUAGAAAUAGUGUAGCUAAUUCUCUGCUUUAGUCAGAGCAUAUGUGGAUAUAAAAAGCGUCAUCGCUUUAAUAUGAACAUGUUAAAUGUAUAUUUAAGCACCAUCGCUGGAAAGAUAGAUAUUUAUUUUAUUUAAUAAAAUUUGAGAUCGCAA